AUGGACCAUGUCCACCAGCAUGGACCCCAGCCGCAGCAAGAUGACCUUCGCUACGACCUUGUAGUCCGUGCUGAGGAGCGAGACGGGACGCCGGUUCUUGCAACCAGGUUUCCUCCUCACAAAGCAGCAGCAGAUCUGUCUGAGUACCAAACAGUGCAACAUGUGGCUUUGCCGGAAGCUCUAGUAGUGGAUCACAUAUUUCUGGAGGUCAGAUGUGUGGUUUUGGCAGGAGAGCUAGUGGUGGAGUGUGGAAUUCUGGUGUUGGGAUGUGGGGCACAGGUGGAGCUUGGGGAGUCAGUUCUGGAUGGGAUGUGCAGUCUGUCCUUGAGCUACAUUUCUGCACUUUCAAAGCUUAGCUUUUACUUCAGCACCAUGUCUUACUUUGGUCUUGGAUCUAGGCAAAAUUCCUCCUGCCGCAGUAGUGGUGCAUCUAUAAAAAUACCUAGUGGUGGAGUGUGUUGCUUGGGUGGAGGUUCUGGAGUGGUAAUGUAUGGGUCUGGGGGAGGCUGGGGUGCUGGUUCUGGAUGGUGUGGCAUUGGAAGUGGCGCAGGUGGGUCCUUUUAUAACUUCGGUUAUGGUGCUGUUGGUGCUACAGGCGGAGACGGUGGACUUCUCUCAGGUAGUGAAAAGGAAACCUUGCAGAACCUUAAUGACCGUUUGGCCUCCUACCUGGGCAAAGUAAAUGCUCUGGAAGAGGCAAAUACAGAGCUUGAACACAAAAUCAAGGACUGGUAUGAGAAAUUUGGACCACAUACUGAUGGAGGACCUCGCAACUACAGUAAAUACUAUGCUAUUAUUGAAAACCUUGGAAAUCAAAUCAUUGCUGCAACUGUUGACAAUGCCAGGAUCAUUCUGCAAAUUGACAAUGCCAGGCUGGCUGCUGAUGACUUCAGACUCAAAUAUGAGAAUGAGAUAUACCUUCACCAAAGUGUUGAAGCCGACAUCAGUGGUCUACGUAAAGUCCUGGACGAACUGACUCUUGCCAGGAAUGACCUGGAGAUGCAGACUAAAAACCUGAAUGAAGAGCAGGCUUACCUCAAGAAGAACCAUGAGGAGGAAAUGAAAAGUUUGCAAAGCACAAUCUCUAGUGAUGUUAAUGUAGAAAUUAAUGCUGCUCCAGGAAUUGAUCUCACUACACUUCUGAAUAAAAUGAGAGCCGAGUAUGAGGCCCUUGCUGAGCAAAAUCGGAAAGCCGCUGAAGCCUGGUUCAAUGAAAAGAGUAAAGAACUGAAUGUACAGAUCAACUUUAGUGCUGAGGAGACCAGUACCAACAAAAGUCAGAUUACUGAACUGAGACGCACUCUUCAAGCCUUGGAGAUAGAGCUGAAAUCCCAACUUGUUCUGAAACAAUCUCUUGAAGCCACCUUGACAGAGACAGAAGGUCGCUAUUGUGCACAGCUUUCAGAAAUACAAGUGGUGAUUAGCAGCGUGGAGACACAAGUGCAACAGAUAAGGGAUGACAUGGAAUGCCAGAAUUCAGAGUAUGAAUUACUCCUGGACAUCAAGAUUCAUCUGGAAAAUGAGAUUGAGGUUUACCGCCGCCUGCUAGAUGGAGAGGGAAGAAACUGCAGUUUUCAGCAAGCAUUCCAAUCUAAUGCACCGGGUGAUAUCAGCAAAGAACUAACGAAAAUCAGAGUGAUUAAAACAAUCAUUGAAGAGUUAGAUCAGCAUGGUAGAGUCACAUCAUCUAAGGUCCAGUCAGUUGAAGAGAAGCCAAUAAGAUAA